AUGUAUAAAUACUAUCAUUCUAGUGAACAUGAACCUCAAAAAGUUAAACCAGAUAAAAAUAAUAUAUAUAAUAUUCUUACUAAGUUAUAUUUAAAAAAGAAAAAUGAUCCAAGAUGGAUUGUGAUCAAACCUGAAGAGAGAAGACUAAAUUUGCUAUUAUGGAUGUCGUCUGAUCAAAUUAAUGUUUACAAAAAAUUUCGUGAUGUUGUAAUUGUCAAUACAACAUCUAAAACUAUCCAAUUUGAUAUGAUCUUAAUAUUGGUUAUAGUUGUUAAUAGUAAUUUCCAGAAUUUAAUUGUAGCUUCAGCAAUUAUAGAAGACGAAACAGAGACAAUAUUUGCAUGGGUUCUUGAAGAAUUAAAAGGCUCUUGCAAUCCUACAUCAAUAGUCUUAUAUUCUGAUACUAAUCUAGCAUUAAUAUCAUCUGUAUGA